AUGGAUCUGAGAUCCCGCGAGGGUGCGGACCGCGUGCUGCUCGUCUGUGUGGGGCUCUUGGUCCUGAUUGCAGUGCUGGUCCUUGAGAGCGCGCUGCGGGGCGCCGGGUCUGGAGCGAGCCUUGGGGCGCACCUCAUCCGGCUGGGAAUCGCCCUGGGUGUCGGGGUGGCUGCGUACCACAUGGAUCAUCGCCGGCUGGCCCGACUGUCGCCGGGGUUAUUCCUUCUGGCCCUGGCUCUCAGCGCCAUCGCGACCACCUCCGGGGCUCUGCGUGCGGGGACCCGCCGAUGGCUCGAAAUCGGAACGCUGACCGUCCAACCCGGUGAGCUCGCCAAGAUCUCGCUGGUGCUCCUGUUCGCCCAUCUGGUGGCCCGGUCGGGACAUGAGCCACUCAGCCGGCGGGCGACCGUCGGCUGGGUCGCGGCGUCCGGCGCCCUCGUGCUGGCGGUAGCGGCGCAGCCCGACCUGGGCAGCGCGGCGAUCCUCGUUGGAAUCGGGGUCGGGAUGGGCUUCUUCAGCGGCCUGUCGAUCUCGCGCAGGUGGAUGCUGGCCGGCAGUGGAUUCGCCGCCCUGGCGUUGCCGCUGCUCUGGGCCUUCGGCCUGCGCGACUACCAGCGGCUACGCGUUCUCUCUUUCCUGAAUCCGGAGAGCGACCCGUUGGGGGCGGGGUAUCAGACCCUGCAGGCAUCCAUUGCGGUCGGCUCCGGAGGCCUCUUCGUGCUCGCGGAGGAAUUCGGGUUCCUGGGGGUGGUCGUCGUCCUCGCGCUGUACCUGAUCCUCGGGCUGCGUCUGCUGCAGAUUGCCGUGGAAGCGGCGGAGAACAAGGACCCUGCCGGGGCGCUCCUCGUGGGCGGUUUCUUUCUGAUGUUGCACCUCCAGGCGUUUUACAACAUCGCGAUGGUCGCGGGGAUCGUUCCCAUCAAGGGGUUCCCAUUGCCGUUCAUGAGCUACGGAGGCAACUCCUUGCUGAUUGCGGCGGCGGCCAUCGGGCUGGCUGCCUCCGUCAGGCGCCGGAACUUCCUGACUUAG